AAUUAUCUUCACUGAAGAAAUUUGAUGAAAUUAAGAAGGCUAACCAGGCUGCAGCAAAAAAGCUAGUUGAAGACCAAUUAAGCUCCUCAUCUGAAGAAGAUGAUGAAGAUGCUGAAGUGAAACAAGGAAAGAUUUUGGACAAAACAUUUACCAUCUACACCAGUCAAACUGAUGGAGAUGCAAGUGAACUGGAACGUACGAGGCAGUACAUGAAUGAAGCUUUUCAGUCAGGGGCUAUGACAUGUCUCAUCUGCAUUGCUUCAGUUAAAAGGAACCAGGCUGUCUGGAGCUGCUGCGGAUGCUUUUGUAUAUUUCACCUGGUGUGUAUCCAGAAGUGGGCGAGGGACAGCCUUUUCCUUGUGUCUUCUCCUUUGACAGAUGAUGAUUUUGGGAAGAAAGAUCAUCCCUGGCCAUGUCCAAAAUGUAGAUUUGAAUACAAACGCUCUGAAACUCCCAGUAGGUAUUACUGUUACUGUGGAAAAGUGGAGAAUCCAACACUGGACCCAUGGCUGGUACCUCACUCCUGUGGUCAGAUAUGCGAGAGGGAAUUCAAACCUCCUUGUGGUCAUAAAUGUUUGCUGCUUUGUCAUCCAGGACCUUGUCCACCUUGCCCAAAGAUGGUCACAACAACCUGUCACUGUAAGAAAGCUAAACCAGUGCCCAGAAGGUGCAGUGCCAAGGAGUGGUCCUGUCGCCUGCCCUGUGGACGAACGUUGCUGUGCGGACAACACACGUGUGAGAAUGCCUGUCACGCAGGAGAUUGCCAGCCUUGUCCACGAGUCAGUAAACAGCGGUGUGUCUGUGGAAGGCAGACAGCAGAAAGACUUUGUGCGAGUCCUCAGUGGCAGUGCGAUCAGGUGUGUGGGAAACAUUUGCCGUGUGGUAAUCACACAUGUGAGCGAGUUUGUCAUGCUGGUCCCUGUGGAGACUGUCCUCGUUCUGGGAAAAGGUCCUGUCCUUGUGGAAAAACAAAGUUUACAUUGCCUUGUACAGAAGAUGUGCCCACCUGUGGUGAUAGUUGUGACAAAGUUCUGGAAUGUGGCAUCCAUAAGUGUUCACAGCGCUGUCAUCGAGGUCCCUGUGAGAUAUGCAGACAGGAGGUGGAAAAACAGUGUCGCUGUGGGAAGCACACCAAACGUAUGCCAUGUCAUAAGCCAUAUCUGUGUGAAACCAAGUGUACUAAAAUUCGUGACUGCCAGAAGCACCAGUGUCGGAGAAAGUGCUGUUCUGGAAACUGUCCACCUUGUGAUCAAGUCUGUGGGCGUACUCUAGGCUGCAGAAAUCACAAAUGUCCUUCAGGCUGCCACAGAGGUAGUUGUAAUCCAUGUCCAGAGAUUGUAGAUGUGAAAUGCAACUGUGGAAAAACUGUUAUUAAAGUGCCCUGUGGCAGAGAACGUACCAUCAGACCUCCCAAGUGCAAGCAGCUGUGCAGUCGACCACCUACUUGUCACCACUCUACCCAGGAGAAACACUACUGUCACUUUGGGCAGUGUCCUCCGUGUCGUCAGCCGUGCCAGAAAACGUUAACCUGUGGUCAUUUGUGCCCUGUUUCCUGCCACGAUAAAGCACUCGUGAAGCAAACUGGCUCACAUCAGUCUGCAGGUCCUUGGGAACAGCCAUCUGAGCCAGCUUUCAUUCAAACUGCACUACCAUGCCCUCCCUGUGAGGUUCCUAUACCAGUGGAGUGUCUUGGUCAGCAUGAGGUUAGUCCAUUGCCAUGUCAUUCUGCAAAUCCCUUCUCAUGUAAAAGACCUUGUGGGCGGCUUCUUGAUUGUCAGAAUCACACCUGUAUGAAAGAAUGUCAUCCUGUUACUAAAUUGAACAGCAGUGCAGAUGGAAAGAAGGCAGGUCCAGAAUGCUCACAGUGCGAAGAGGAGUGUACCAAGCCCCGACCAUCUGGCUGUCCUCACCGAUGUGUUUUGCCUUGUCAUCCUGGUGAUUGCCCACCAUGUCUCCAGAUGCUUAAAAUAAAGUGUCACUGCAAAUUAUCAGUACUGUACAUUGAAUGCUUAAAACUAGCAUGUGCUGAUGUAAAGGAAAAGGAGAUUCUCAUUUCCUGCAAAAAUCAGUGUCCAAAAGAGUUGCCCUGUGGUCACCGGUGUAAAGAGAUUUGCCAUUCGGGUAACUGUGCCCUGAACUGCAGCCAGAAGGUUAAACUCCGAUGUCUCUGUAAGAGACUGAAAAAGGAAAUACAGUGCAGCAAGAUACAAGAAGGCCAAGUUUCACUGGAAUGUGAUGCAUUAUGCAAGGAAAUGAAGAGGAAAGCAUCUGAGAUCAAAGAAGCAGAAGCCAAAGCUGCUGUUGAAGAAGAGAGGCGAAGACAACAGGCUGAACUGGAAGCUUUUGAAAACAGAUUAAAAGGGCGAAGAAAGAAUAAGAGAAGAAAGGAUGAAGUAGAAGUUGAACCAUCGUCGUGGCAAAAAUACAAGAACCUCAUUAUGCUGCCAGUGUUUGGAGUUGCUGUCGUGAUGGUUGCAUGGCUCAUGGUCUACAAUGACUGAAAACAACUCAAUAUUUAAUAUACCUCAGUUGGACUUUA